ACGAAACUAAGCCCAGAGAUGCAGCCGCCUCGUUGCAUCUGAAGAGAGGCUUCAUGUCAGAGUGCCGCGUCUUCGUCGCUCUGGCGCUUGCGCUUUUUCUGCAGCUGGCCGUGUUGGCCACAUUGGCUGCAGGGCAGGCAACCGCCACAAAUGGAUUACAAUGCCAACGCAUUUCGGUAUCGGCCUGUCAGGGCUUGGGCUACAACAUGACCGCAAUGCCGAACCUCGCCGGGCACACAAUUCAGCUGGAAGCUGAGCUAGAGAUUGCAAAGCUGCUACCUUUGAUCGAAUCUGGCUGUUCGGAUCGCGCACGUUUCUUGCUCUGCUCAUCGCUGUUUCCGCUCUGCACGCCGGAUGUUCCACGUCCCGUGACUGCCUGCAAGUCUCUUUGCGAGACGGUCAAGAGCGAGUGCACGAGCAACGCGCCCCCGGAGCUGAUGCGUUUGUGGCCGGAGUUUCUCAGCUGCGAGCAGCUGCCGCAGCCGGAGAAGCACGAACUGUGCAUGCAAAUACCGCAGGAGCUGAGCGAGACUCCUCAACAGCAGCAGCAGCAGCAUCAGCAACAGCAACAACAACAGCAGAGUGGAGGAUCGGUAGCGGUGCUGGCGCCGCAGCCAACGCAGAGUGAACAGCGACAGGAGCAUCAGAUGUACUGGUCCUGGAUGGCCUGGAAGAUGUCUGCACAGCUGUCCAAGGUGCUGCCCUCGAGCAGCGUUCUCUGUCCGCACAAUUUCACGGCCAAUCCGCUGGUGCCGAACGAGUGUGUUCCACAAUGCCAACGGGAUGCCUUCCACAGCACACAACAGAAAAAAGUGACGGAGAGCUUGAUCCUCGGACUCUCGGCUGUCUGCUUUCUGCUCACACUCUUCGCUUUGGUCACCUUUUGGGCGGAGCCCACGCGUUUCGGCUAUCCGGAGAGACCAGUGUUGUUCCUUUGUCUCUGCUACAAUCUCUUCAGUCUGUGCUAUCUGGAGCGCAUUGUGUUCCACAAUCAGGCGCGAAGCAUGGCUCUGUUGGAGCAACCAUUGGCGGCGGGACGCCUGCCGUGCGCAAUGACGCCACCGUGUCUGGCCUCCUACAUCAGCACCUCAUACCUGAGUCUGUGUGGAGCCACUUGGUGGCUAAUUUUUUCCCUGUGCUUCUACUUGUCCUCGCACAAGAAAUGGUCCAGCGAGGCACUGGAGCAGCGUUCCGGUCUCUUCCAUGUACUAGCCUGGGUGCCACCACUUACUCCGCCUAUGGCCGCCCUACUGCUGGAGCGCGUGCAUCCCAGCGAGCUGACAGGCAUGUGUACAGCGCCUGGAUUCGUGGAGCUUCCGGCGCUGGCGCUGCUGCUCCUGGGUCUCUACUUUACGCUACGCGCCGCCCGCUCCCUGCACACCCUGCAGCAACAAUUGUCGCAGCGUUUCGCACAAAUCCGCAAGCGAUUCCUCAUCUUCUCGCUGGUGUUCUUUGUGCCCACGGCGGCUGGAGUGGCAGCCGCGUUCUGUGAGCGUCACGUGAACGCCGUUCCCAGCUGCUCGACCCUGGACGAUUGUGCCCCACCGAUGGAGUUGAGCGCCUGGCCCACUCUGGUGCGCAUCUUCUUCCAGCUGGUGGGCGGUACGCUCACCGGCAUGUGGGUGUGGUCGCGCAAGACUUGCGAAAGCUAUCGCAACCGCUUGGUGGCCACCCCGAGCUCAUCGCUAAGCACGCAGUACAAGGUGGCACCGACGGUGGCGCCAAUGAUGCUGCCAAAAAAGCAUCUCUAUGCCAGUGGCAAGCCCUUGAUGGGCGCCACACCCCUCUAUGCGGGCAUCAGUUUCCACAAUGUGCCUGUUUACAAUCCCAACCAGUCACGGGUGUAGAGGACCGAAUAGACCCAAAGGGCCAUUAGUUGCUUAAUAGAAAUGUGUAGUUGUGAACAAAUUAAACUACAUACGAGUACAUACAUAUAUAAUAACACGGGUGUCUUACAAUAGAUGUGAGAUGAUGAAGUCUUGUCGUCUUCUAAACUUAAAAUUAAUCAAUGCUCUUUGAAUUUGUAAAUUGGAACAUCUAUGAUCGGCUAACUGUAACUGUGCAUUGUAAAGAUUGAGAUGAGAUGAGAAUCUGUCAUCUUCCAUCUAGAAUCUAGAUAACAAAUCUGUUAGAUUCUGUUCCCCCCACACAAAACAACUCAUCAUGUAAAUACUUAUGUGUAUGUCAUAAUAAGUAUAAAUCUAUCUAUCCACCUACUUGUAUGUAUGUGUAAUAUAAUAAGUACGUACAUACAUACAUAUAUGAACAACUUUC